UGCUAUACUCCGACAAAAACACACUCAUUCUCGAUUCUCAGUCUCUCUUUCAAAAAAUGGAUCGGAAUGGCAUCCUUGGUUGGACACUGAUUUGCGUCCUUGUGGCCGGUGUCGGUGGCCAAGCACCGGCUGCGACGCCGACAUCAACUCCGGCGACUCCAACAACUCCUUCCGUACCAUUAGCUGCACCUGCUAAAGCACCUGCAAAACCUACAACGCCAGCACCCGUAUCAUCACCACCGGCGGUAACACCAGUAGCAUCUUCACCGAAACAGACUGUUCCAACUCCAGUGGCGACGCCAUUGGCUACACCACCUCCAGCCGUGACUCCAGUUAGCUCCCCACCGGCUCCGGUUCCUGUUAGCUCUCCACCAGAAAAAUCUCCUCCGUCUCCAGUGCCUGUUGCUCCACCGACAAGCUCGCCUGUGGCAGCACCGACAGCAGAGGUCCCUGCUCCUACUCCGAGUAAAAAGAAGCCAAAGAAGGCACCGGCUCCUGGUCCAGCAUUGUUGAGCCCACCCGCGCCACCAACGGAGGCUCCUGGACCUAGCGCAGAAUCCAUGUCUCCUGGUUCUAUCGCUGACGACAGUGGAGCGGGAAGAACAAGAUGCUUUCAGAAGAUAGCAGGAGGUUUGGCAUUGGGAUGGGGUCUGCUUGCUUUGAUCUUCUAGAGAGAUAAUGUUCUCAUCAUCCUCUCUCACCUGGAGUAUUAUUAUUAUUAUUAUUAUUUUGAUCACAUUGGAUAUUAUUUAAAUUUAUUUUGACACUGUCUGGUUAAGUUAUUACUAUUGGUACUCAAUGGCGCGUGGUUUGGUUUCAUCGUUCCUGAAGGAAAGGGGGGUGGGAGGCAUUGGGGAUUGAUUUGUAUGUAUUCUCUUGGGAGAUUUUGCGGGUGGAAGGGCUUUGUAUUCUGUAGUUUUCUUCUGCUCGCUCUCUCUCUUCUUGGAUUAUUACAGACAUGAUGAUUCUCUCUUGCUUGCUUUUAA